UUGGGUCAAGAACUUGCUCACUCUGAACCAGGAUUCGAUCUGACUGAAGAAGAAAUAAAAAAGUUUAAAAUCUGGCCGCAAGGAAUCAUUCCAUACUUCAUUGACACCUUCUCUUUUGAUAAAGUACUCCGCGAUAGAAUUCGCAACUACCUUGAUCUUACAAACCGCGUAACUGGUCUAAGAUUUAUGGAAGUACCAAGACCACCCACCGACGAGAAAACUAGGUGGGUGCUUUUCAUAAAUCGGCAAGGCCUUCUUAAUUGCGCAGAUCAUUCUAUAAAGGAUUUUACAAACGAAGGUGCACAGAAAGUGGUUUUGGGCUAUGACUGCUUAGCCUUCGGUGGAGAACUCACCCAAGCAAUUAUGGCCCUACUUGGAGUGCCGCCUCAACAUAACUCUCCUGAUCGUGAUAAAUAUAUCAAGAUAAAGGACGAAAAUAUAAUUCCAGAGAAGAAGCAUUUGUUUGUUGCACUGAAGGAUAAUGAGUGGUUAUUUCACGAUAUACCUUAUGAUUUUGCAAGCGCUAGUCAUUAUAAUUUGUACAAGCAUUCAAAGAAUGGGUUUGCUACUAUAGAAUUAAAGGAACCAACAAAUAUUCUUGUUGGAGAAGGUAAAGGGUUUAGUUACAGCGAUCUUUGGAAAAUAACAAUGCUUUAUAACUACAAUGUCAAGAAAAAAGCUAAUUCUAUAAAGGCUUCUGAUUGUGUUAAGCUUUUUCAACCUGGUGCUAAUUUUAGUAAUUACGAACCGCUCGUCGAUGAUGAAAUCGAACCACGAAGUAAGCCUAAUAAAUAUUUAGGAAAGUUACCAACGUUACCUGGUAAACCAAACGUACAUAAGUUACCAACGUUACCUGGUAAACCAAACGUACAUAAGUUACCAACGUUACCUGGUAAACCAAACGUACAUAAGUUACCAACGUUACCUGGUAAACCAAACGUACAUAAGUUACCAGUGUUACCCAGUCAGCCUAAGAAUAAAAAUAGUGGUAAGAAAAAUGAUAACGAUGACGAUGAAGAGCAAGAAGUUGGGGAAGAUAGCAAAAAAGAAGAUUCACGCGAAGACCGUAAUUCGGACAAAGAAGAAAAUAUCAGUGACGAAAAGUUCCCAAAAGAUCUGGUUAACCCUACUCGUAAAAUUUGGAAGACCACAAAACAUUUGAAUAAAAUAUUUACAAAAAUGAUGAGUUGA